UUGCUAAAUUUAGCAAUGGCCGACGGAAUGUGAAUUGUAAUGUAGACAUCUUUAAUUUUUAUCAACUUCAACGGAAUGAAUUCAACAAGUGUGUGGAUAUUCAGAUGAUGUAAGGUUGACCUGGGAUGGCAUUUAUUCAGCGCAAUGGUUAAGUGAAAUUCACCAUGAGGACUAUAAAGGAUCCUAGAAAGAAGCCCGAGUUGCGGCGAAGGGUUGAGCCAGUAGAAGUCCAAGAGCCCGAAGAGGAUAAUCUAUCAACAAAGAGCACCCCGCCCAAAAAGCGUAAGACUGCAAAAUGUGCCAGAGAAGGACUUGAAACAGACAAGUUUGUGGAUAAUCAAAGUGAUAUUGUCUCAGAAAAAAGUAGUAUUGUAGGAGAAGAUGACAAUAUUUCUGAUAUUUCGUCAUAUAAAAGCACACCACCUAAAAAGAGGAACUGUAAUAGAGUACUCGAUAAAAGUCCUGACGCUAAAAUUGAAGUAAAUGGUGAGGAUCACAGUCAUAUUGUCACUGAAGAAUCUUCAGAUACAUGUUUUGAAAAAAGUAUACCAGCAGCUGCGGACAAAAAGGCUUACCCUGAGAAAAAGGCAAAGGGCAAGAAAAAAACAAAAUCUGAAGAAUCACCAAUUCGUCUAUCCAAAUCACCAUCAAGAAGUACAGAGCAGACAUCUCCGAACAAAUCGCCAUCAAGAAGUACAGAGCAGUCAUCUCCAAACAAAUCACCAUCAAGAAGUACAGAGCAGUCAUCUCCAAACAAAUCACCAUCAAGAAGUACAGAGCAGACAUCUCCAAAAUCAAAGAAACUUCCAAAAUCAAAGGAUGUUGGUAAUAUUAAAAAUGGUGAAGUGGUUACAGCUAGGAAAAAACCUGGGCCAAAGAAAAAGCAGAAAGAGGCAGAAGUUGUUGAUGAUGCAAUAAAGAAGAAACAGGGCAGGAAGCGAAAACUCUCAGGUCCUCUGGGUGAUAAUACCGAAGUAAAUACUAUUCAGCUAAAUAAAGAUUCAGGGAAAAAAAUAACAGCAAAUUUAGCGAAGAAACUAGAACACACAGAGAGCGACUUAUGCAAAGAAGUUGAACAGAAGCUGAAAGGUAAAGUCAGUUUGAAGGACAUCCAUAAAACUGAAGGUAUUCCGCCUGUUAAAUCUAUUUCGAACAAUGAUAAGCAUGAGCAGAAUAAAGAUGACAGUGUUGUGAAUUCUUUUGUGAAAAACGAGACAACAGGUUUAGCUCUGAAAGUCAACGAGAAAGCAGCCAGUGAAUCAGUUUUGGAGUCAGAUGAUGAAAACAGUAAAGAAAGUUCGGAUUUAGAGACAAGUUUUGAAAGUAUUAACAGUCACAGAGAAGAUCAAAGUGUUAUUAAAAAUGAUCAUGAAGACCUGGAUGAGAAGAGUAGUGAAGACGACGAAUUUGAAGACAGAGACGAAGGCGGUGAUGACAAUAAACAAUUAGAGCAAAGUAUUAAAUGCGAACAUUGUGGAUAUGUGUCUAGAAGCAAAGGAGGGCACACACGGCAUUUACGUAAGUGUAAACCGGACUUAUUUGGUCUGGAUGUGGAAGCCAGUUCUAAACCAAAAGUGCAUAAGUGUGAGCAGUGUGAUUACUCUGCCCCGAAACGAGUGCUUGUUAUAAACCACAUGCGAACUCAUGGCAUCUUUCAGUGCAAGCGGUGCAAAUAUAGGACCGAUGUUGAAGAGGUUCUUGAUGAGCAUUCAGCAAUGGAGCAUAAGGACAGAAGUGACUGUAAGUUCUGCAAGUUGUGUAACCGAUAUGUCAAGUGCAGUGAAGUUCCACUUGAAAAACACAUGGAAGAGUGUCAGGGACGGAUACCGUUUAGGUGCCCGGAAUGUUCCAAGGAAUUCCAAUACGAGUCUUCCCUAAAGUGUCAUGUAGUGUCGCAUUAUCCAGACCAACCGAAACUAUUUAGUUGCGACCAGUGUGACUACAAAUCAAAUUACAAAGCGAACUUAAAAAAGCACAUAAGGCAUAUCCAUGAACAGCGUGGUGAACGUAAUAUAAAGUGUCAAGAAUGCGAUAAAAUGUUUUUUACCGAGGACAAUAUGCGGAGACAUUUGAAGCUUCAUUCGGAAGAUAGACCUUACAAGUGUGAGCAUGAUAGUUGUGACAAAUCUUUUAAGACGAUGAAUGGUUUGAAAUUACAUGAAAUCUCACAUCAGACUGAUAAGCCAUUUCCAUGUGAGUUCGACGGAUGCGAGAAAAACUUUAAAACGAAGCGUUCCCUGGUUCUCCACAUGAACGAGACCCAUCAGAAUGCACCAAAAAAUUACAAAUGCACAGAGGAAGGCUGUGAGAUGGCCUUCUACAAAAAGUGUCAUUUAGAACGCCAUAUUGCAGCACACAAAGAUGACCGAACCCAUUUUUGCAACUUCAUUGCAUGUUCCAAGGCAUUCAAGACUGCUGAGGCUCUGAAAGUCCACUUGCUGUUUCACAUGGAUGUCAAGCCACUGAAAUGUGACCAUUGCGAAUACACGUGUCGACAAAAGUCAUCAAUACGAUUUCAUAUGAAAAAGAAACACCCAGAACUUGUUGUGCCAGUUGAUCUCAAGCCAGUCAAGGCGAUAUCUAAGACCUCCGAGUCAGGUGCCUGUAAUGCGGGGCAAGAAAUUGAUUCUGUUGCUGAAACAAUUUCACAUGUGGCUCGCUCAGAAGUGGAUGAGGUUGAGGAUAAGUCUGAGAUGGACAAAGAGGCAGCGAAUAAUGUGACAGGUAGGGUUGAAGACAGUGGUCUUCACGCAAGGCUUGACAAUGAUGUUUCAGUAGACAGAUAUGCAAAAACAGAACUUAUAAACAGUGUACAAAAAAUGGAAACUGAGUCCAUAGAAACAAUUGAAAAUCCAGUAGCAAUAAGUACUAGUACUCCUGUUAAAAAGGAUAGAAAUACGCCAUUGAAGUCCAAGGAAAAGAAAACGCCAGAAGCCUCUACCAGUCACACAAAACUUAUGAAAGACGGUAAAAAGGCUAUCCAUAAGGAACAUAUUAAAGACAGUAAAAAAGCAAUCCAUAUGGAACAUAUGAAAGACUGUAAAAAACCGAGCCAACUGGAAGACAGAUCUGUAUCGGAGACCCCAGUAAAGGAGUCACCGCAGAAAGUGAAGAGAACUGACAUGUACGAGUUUCAGAGUGAGGAUGAAUCAGAGGAUGAAAUGAAGCCAGGAUUGUUGCGGAAGGCCUAUGAUAGAGACAAGCCCCCACUGCCUCCCGUAGACUCGAGUAAAAUUCCCGAUCUCAGCCUUCCUUUACCAGAGGACAAGACUGUGUUAGACGAACCAGAAAAACUCAAGAAAGAGCGUAAAAAGCCUGGUCCAAAGCCUAAACCAAAGCCAUUGAAGGUUGAGGUUGAGGUUGAAAAACCUCUAGAGAUUAAAACUGAAAGUAAGCCUCAAAAGAAACGUGGUAGGAAAAGGAAGAAUGAAGCAGCAGAGAAGGUUGUGGUCGAAGAGGUUGAAGAUGUUAAAAUGGAGUCUGAAGUUGAGGAGAAAGAGGUUGAGAAAGAGGUUGAGAAGCCAAAGCCAGUUAAAAAGGGUAAAUCUCCAAAAGGAAAAAGAGGGCGACCUGCCAAAGUUAUUGUUGAGGAUGAUGAGGAUGAUGAUGAAGAGGUGGUACCUGUGAAAAAGAAACGAGGUCGGAAGCCUAAAAAGGUUUUCUCAAAGGAAGCAAAGGAAUCUACUGGAAAACAGGAAGUGAAAGUGCCAAGGAAACGCGGCAGAAAAUCCAAAGCUGAAAAAGAGGCUGAUUUAGAAAAAGAUGUUGAAUCUGAUAAUGGUGAUGCAACAAUUAACUACAGUGAGGUAGAAAGUAGUGAACUAUUUGGUGAUAGUAAAGACAGUAUGCCAGACAAGUUUAUGGCUGGAAAUGUCUCAGAUUCAAAUUCUAAUUCAAAAGAAAAGACUGUUGAAUUGAGCGAAAUUAGGCAUGAAAGUGAUGGGCUAAAGAGUGAAAAUGAGGAAUUGACAUUUAACAAAGUGCGGCCUAUAGAAGCAGCAGUUGUACAAGAAAGAAUCGAUUUUAGACGUGAAAGUGACAGUAGUGAUAUAAGUGACUUUGAUGAAGAUCUGAAACCACCCCCAGCUCCAAGACCACCCCCAAUGUAUGACAGUGAGGACGGUGAUAUCGAAUCUGGACCUGAAAACGAAGAUUUCAAUACAUCUGCUCUCAGUAAUGAACCACUGAGGGACUUUGAAUCCUCCAGAGAAAUAUCAAGGGAAAUUUCCAGAGACUUUGAAAGUUCAAGAGAAAUCGAUGAUAGUGUGAAAACAUGUAGUGAUCAAAUAAACUCUGUUGAAACAUCAACUCCCAAAGAACAUGUGCAUAGUGUGGGAACGCCUGCGUCAGUCAAUCCGUACAAAAAUGACUCUGUUAAUAACGAGCAUGAGGAUCCCCCAUUGUCACAUCAAAGUCAUCAUAGCAGCAUAGCACACACACCAUCACACAACAGCGUUCCACCCACUCCUGCCAAUCAGGAAUUUCAUGAAUCUCGCAGUGUUGGACCCAGGAGUGUUGAACCUCCACAGGCCACUGAGCGAGUCAUUAAGGGCCGGCCAACUGGUCAAACACAAGAGGAAAACACAGACGAAAGCUCCAUGCCUGAGGUUGAUAAAGACUAUGUGGGUAGAUUUUUCGAAGAGAUACAGUGCAAUCAAGUAACGCCUGAUAAUCAUAAUCAGAUAAGUCGGAUUAACAGCGCAGAGGAGAACAGCAAAUCACAAGAUAAAAUGAUUGAAGCACCUAACAGUGAUAGUGGUGUCCCCUCUUCACUGAGUUCCAACCAGACUGAGCUUCAGAUGCAAUCCCCUCCCACUGAUCUGUCCCACAAAAGAAUGGAGAUGAUGUCUCCAGAGAGUCUGCCCCCGGUCUCGCACUAUCAGUCCCGGUCUGAAAGCUCGCACAUCCGGUCCUCAGAGAGAAUUCCUAGCGUGCCAUCGUACGAUACUCAGUUCCCACACAACCCAAUAGAGUCAUUCAGCCCACCAUCAGUACCUCAAAUUCGGGACACGAUUCUCCGUCAGCCUGAACUCAGUAAGCCCACCAGUCCUUUGAAUGGCAGCCCUACUUACAGAUUCUCUGAAUCUCAAAGAAUGCCAGUAACUUAUGAUCGUAAUCUUCAAAACUUGCAUCGAAUAGCCGAAUGUCCUUUGCCACCACACAAUAGCUCAUCUCCGCUGUUGAGAAGAGAGGACAUGUUUUCUGGAGCAGUGGGUAUGCCCAGUACAAUGGCGAGAAACCCGUUUCACACUUCUUGGGCCGGCCAAGAGGUGCGACCCACCCAUUGGGGCCACCCGACUUAUCUUCAGCAGAAUGCUGGUUCAUCUUCGUACCUAGCUGGGCGGGAAUUCAUGUUCGACCCUUCGAGAACGUCCGAAAGAAACAUGUUUUCGUCCCUCACAGCACCGUCACAUACUCAGCGACCCGAGAUUUCUCAUGAUGCUUUUCAGUUUGAUAGGUUUGACUUUGGUAGCUACUUUGGGAGCCAUACGCCAUCACUCCCGGUCGAUUAUACUCGCAGCACUCAUGGCUCAUCACAGAAAUCAUUGGACGAACGGUACCGACAGGCUGGUGCAAGCAUGACAGACUUUCGAUCAUUACCGACCACAUCAACUGGCUCUGACAUGUUUGGUGUGGGUGUAAACAGUUCAUUCAAUCUUGAAAAGUUCUACUCGCGCGAGCCUAUGUAUCAUUCACAGCACAUAGCUGACAAUACAAGUAAUCCGUUUUUACCCGGCGUACCAUCUCAGCAUUCAAUGUUUAGUCGUGAUUACCCACAUAGGGGCUUCUAUCCGCAGAACCCAUCAUAUCCAUUCAUGAAUAUGAACGAUAAAAAUUACCCAUCAGCCACCUCUAAGCUCGCUGCUGCCCAUUCUGUGAAUCCUGCUGUAGUACAGCAGAGAGACAUGGUGACUGUACCCAGGCCCAAUAUGGCCACCCCUGAGUCUCAGCUACAAGACCCCUAUAGGCAUCACAGUUCUAUGCUUUACAAUAUGAUGAACAAAUACAUUUAACUGCUCUCUUUUAUACAAGACCCUUACAGACAUCACAGUUCUAUUCUUUACAAUUUGAUGAACAAAUACAUUUAACUGCUUUUUUGUAGUGGUUUGUUAUUGAUUGUUGUAUUUUUUUUGUAUUUUUACGGACAUUAUUUUGUUUAUGACAUGAUUAAGUAUCUGAAGUUGUGAUACAAGUGUUGCUAUUUUUUUAUUUUUUAUAUGCUGUGUAAAAUUGAUGUACAUGUAGAGUGUUAUCUGUUGUGUUUAAUGUCGGUUUCCCUUUAGUUAGUGUUUGAAAUCUGUUGGUCCUCUGUGUACAUUUUUUAUUAAAAGACCUGCAGAUGAAGGUCGCGUAGGUGAUUGACGUACUUACAGAAAUAUUUGUACAAGCGAUAUAAUUAAUACUUAGGUUUCGUAAACAAAUUACUCCAUUGAGAUUUGUUCAAUAAAAGAUCUUAUGUUUGUACACUAUUUUAGUGCUAUGCACUUUGAAUUUUUGUGAACAAUCCGAUUAUGUUUUGUCAUUGAGUCAUUUUUAACUACAAUAUUUGAUUAUUAGUUGAACCGAUACACCUAAUACACCUUAAACAUUACCCGUUUUCAUUUCUGACUUAAUAAUUCCAUGAUAAACCUUUUAAUUGCUUCGUUUUGCAAAUAAAAUGUUAUCUUUAUUUUAAUAUUUGGUGGAAUAUUUAAAUAAAUUAAAACAAAUUUAUAUAUUAAUCAUGUACAAUUAUUAAAACUGUGUAUUUAUGCCAAUAUUCUGCUGAAUGUGUAGAAAAAUUUGUUCUCGAGACAUUUGAUACUUUUAGUUUUAUGCUGCUACAAGAUAACUUCAAUCAAAAUUCAGAAAUACUACUAUAUUCACCACGUGUUUUGUAAUGUUAAAAUUAAGUAUACAAAAAGCAUUAUCAUUUUCUUUAGUGAAUGUUGCCUUAAUAUUGUUACUGGUUUUACAGUUAAUAGAUUUUUCUACCAAAGAUAAAUGUAUACAUCUUAAGUAAAUUGUUUUCGGAUAGAAAUUAUUUACAGAACACAUGGUUUUUGGAAGCUGGAAUAAGACAUCAACCUAAUUUGAAAAUGUGUGAUGCAAUUAUUUAUAUUCAGUUUUGCCCACUGAGACAAUUGCAUACAAGCCUAAUACAUGUGCCUACAUUUUGCCCCACACUAGGCUGUGCAGUAUACACAGACUAAUAAGGGUCAACCCUUUCUGACACAUGAUUUGCAUUAAAAAGAUACCUCUUUUAAACAAUUAUUUUUUCCAUAAAAGUGAAAAAUGUAUUUGUUUUGCCUGUGAGGAAUGGGGCACUUUCUAAUUUGGUACAAUAUUUAUGUACAUGCAUUAAGCCAGUCUUUCCUUGAUCUUUGAUAAUAUUAUAUUGCCUAAUUAAAAUUGAUUUUACCACAAGCAUGCAUGACAGCAGUUUAGAAACACCGUAAAAUGAUAAAUAGCAAAUCAUUAUUGUCAAGUUUACAAGACCACCCACAAUAUCAGUCUGUAAGAAAGCUUUACAAGCUUUUCGGCAUUGUACAUGUACCUAAGUUACAAGUCCCCUACCAGUGAAACCAGAGGGGACUUAUGGUUUGCGCUUUGUGAGUCUGUGUGUCUGUCAGUCAGUCUGCCACACUUUUCUGGAUCCUGCGAUAACUUAAAAAGUUCUUCAUAUUUUUUCAUGAAACUUGAAACAUGGACAGAUGGCAAUAAGGAGAUUAUGCACAUCAUGAAUUGUGGUUGCUAUGGCAACACUUAGACUAGAAAUAUUUCUGAAAUUGGGGAUUUUUAUUACCAUCUACAAGGCAAACUUAAACGAAUUAUGUCCCUUGAAAACAAAGGGAGUCAAUUAUAUAACUGCUUCAUGUGAGGUAGGGGACUUUUAUUGAUUGGCAAUAGUCUUGUUAAUUCUAGAACUUUCACAUGAACUACAUGUACCACACAUUUUUGCCAUCAUGAGACGACAUACCUUUUGUCACAUCAAUUUCCUUACUUCUUAGGUAGAGGUCACACAUAGAAAAGGUCAAAGUUGGCCAUAAAACGGCUUUGAAUGUGUUAUUUAUCGUUCCAUUUUAUAAUAAUUUGACCACUUGGGCGUGUUGCAAGUAACACCAAUUCCAUAUACUUCAAAGGUCAAUGUCACAUGUAAAGGUUAAAGAUGAAAUUUGGCCAUAAAUCAACUUGUCAAGGCUGUUUAAAUUAUUUGUCUUUCAUCAUGUAAUUUUAAAAAUAAAAUAAUUAACCACAAUUGGCCACCAAAGGAGACUGUUAGACAGUUUACAUCAAAUGUCAUGGUCACACUUUGAGGUCAAGGCCAAAACAAAAAAAGAGCUUGUCAUCACUGUAACUUAGUCAAUCAUUGUGCAAUAUGAAACUUAACUCGCCACAAAUGACCACUAUCAGGAGACGGAAUGUGGAAUAAUCAUCCAUCUCCCUACUUCAAAGGUAAAGGUUAUAUACUAAGAGGUCAAAGUUCAAAGUAGCCAUAAGACAGCCUGUAAAGACUAUACUUUUGCCAACAUAUAGCAAAAACAUCAGCAACAUGAAAUGUUCAGUUUUGUGUUACAAACCCAUCACAAUGAUGGCCAUGGCAAGUUUGAUGUCUUAUUCUAACUUCACAUAAAACGGUGUUACAGGAAUGUUCACACAUUGAUAUUUAUUGACUCUAGCUUUACAUUUUUAUCUUAUUUUGAAGAAAUGACCAGUUUGAACGUCAUCAUAAGAAUUCAUAAGCAAUAAAUUAAAAUGUACAGUGGUUGUGCCGAUCGAUUGUUUGGUUACAUUUGUAGAUAUUGCAGAUGUACAUAGGCAAGGCAGUAAUGGAUUUCUUUUUAAUACAUGUAUACAUUUUUGUGCAUAUUUAUUAACUUACUAGACUUUUAUAAAUGUUGUCAACCAAAGUUGUACAUAGAAGGCCAUACUGUUUGUUGUGGAGUUGUCCGCUUUUUUUAUGCAGCUUAUGUUCUGAACAAAGUGUUAUUUGUAUAUUGUUUAUGUAUAUACGUUAAUUUUUAAUGUUACUUUUGAAAUGCUGUAAACAUUUUAUUCUGUCGACAACAAGUUUAUAUAUAGUUUAUAAACAUAUUUAUUGAUGCUUCUCAAUGUUAUAAUUUUUUGUACAAAUUUGAUUCUAUGUGUGGUAAAUUGUAGUUUACAGGUGUUUAUAUGUAACACAUAAACACAAGCAUUUGAGCAUUUAAAUACAUACAAAUGGUGUUUUUAUAAAGAUUAGAAAUUAUUCAGUUUUAUGUUUUACUCUAUUUACAUAAAUGCACUGAUGCUAAAAAGGCUUUUUAUUAUUUUAUGUUAUAGUUUUAAAAUAUGUUUAAUUCAGUUAAUGGUUUUUUACUAAUUCAUGUAAAGUGAUCUUCAAGAAAUCCAAAGUAAACUCUUUAAAACCCCAAAGAAAAAAUACAUUUCUGGCAUCAUAACUCAUAAUCAAUCUUUUUUGAAAUACAAAAUAAGAUAAUACACUAGUUUGUUUUGUGCAAGUAUUGUGUUGAACAAUUCAGUAUGCUAUGCAUGAUACAUGCGAAAUCAACAAUAAAAUGUUUGUAAAUUUGCUUUAGAUUGUUCACUUUUUAUACAAAGAAACAGAACAGAAAACUAUAUAACUAUAACAAUUAACAAACUUUGAACUCGGCUUGAAUUGUCUAGAGACAGAUUUCUCUAAGCUCCUACAAAAUUCACAUCAAAGUUUCUUUUACCUAUGGGUUCUAUUUACAAAUUGGUUAUCCACACAUAUCUAAGUACCCUAUAUGGCCUUCUUUAAAAUAGUUAAAUUAAAAAAAAUCAUAGAUGAAAUACCAACAAAUGGACUUUUAUGUAUUUAAUGUAUUAACAGAAGUUUUGUUAUAAGAAUUAUUGUUAAGGAUCCAAGAGCUAAACUCAAACUGUCAAUGCUUGUAAUUAUAAAAAUAUUGUUAUUUCACUUAACAAUUCUACAAAUUUACAAAACAAUUUUCUUGUUAUUUCACUUAACAAUUCUACAAAUUUACAAAACAAUUUUCUACAAUGUGCAAUUACCCACAGUUUCCUGUAAAAUUGUAUGAUGUAGAGACUCAUUUGGUCAUAGAAAUCAAAUACUACCCUGAUAUUGUUUCUUUAGGUGCAUUGGUCUUUGCUUUUUUUGUAAACCAUUAUCAAUAUUUGUUCACAAAAAAUAUCAGCUAAUGCACUUUUGUGUGUUACUCUAAUUAGCAAAAACAAAGAUGUAUUUGGGUUCUUAUGUUAUAUGAUUUUAUAAAUGCCAGCGAAUGAAGUGCAGUGAAAAAGAAAAAUAAACAAGUUGGAUUAUCAAUAAGCUAAGCAGUAUGUUAUAUACAUGAAGUGACAAAAAGACAAGUGAUCUAAUCUUAUGUACUCUGGGUACGCCAAUUGGAACUUUGUCAUAACAUUUGGAUAUAUUGCACACACCAACAUCCGUAUUCCUGGGCAUGCCCUUUACAGGGUGUAAAAAAUCAAUUUAUGGUGUGUGUUAUUUUUAUUUGUUAAGUGCAUUAUUAUUAUAUAUUUGCAUCUGUGUUGUAACUGGACGUAUGGAGCUGAAAUUUGGGGCACGUUCAUAAAAAGGGUGCAUCUUAGUAAUUGUUGAUAGUUUUGUAAUUGUAAAAGUUGCUGGUCAAAGAUUUUAUUGAUAAUCUAACUUCAAAUCACUCAGAGUAAUGAUCUCAUUCAAGACAGGUUACCCAAUUUGAACUGAUUAAAUGUUAACUCCCUUUGUGUAUCUCUCAAAAGUAAUUCUUUAAAAAAGAUCUCUUUGGUAAAUUUGUGUGUACUGCUGUGUACACUAAAGCUUAACUUUCCCAUUACCACUUAUAUACAUAUUUUGACGCAUUUGAAGUCCCUGAGAAAGUUUAAUUAAAGACCUUUCUUACUAGAUUCAAGUUUUAAAGGCUUCAUUUCCUACCCAUAGGUACCGAUAAGCAGCAAACAGAAUAGAACCUGAACAGACUGCGAGUGACUCCCAGGCUGUUUUGGUUUUAUGCUGUUUGCACAUAGCCAUUUAAACGUUGCUUCUGAGUGGGAAAGGAUUUACAAACAAACCAAAUACAGUGUCCAUGACAGAGGUACAAGUUAAGCACAUAUAACAACAUACAUAACUGUAUCUAAUAUUCUAAUGGACCGUCAAUAACCAUUCUGUCAUGGCAUCUUAUUAUCUUUUUUCAAUAGUUCUUAUUAAUAUAUGCAUUUAUGGAACAAUCAUGUAUUGCAGUUCUAAAUUCCCAAGAGAUUUGGUUUUGUUUUCAGUGAUGGUUUUAGUACUAGUACAUGUUUAUUAAUUGUUUUCAGAUUGACAGCUUAAAUUUUUAAUGACAUGUGAGUAAAGAGUGAAAAUUAUACAAACAUUAACUGUAUCAGGCUGAUUUUAAUCAAUAUUUUAUAUUGAUUCAUGGUUUAUAAUUGUUUGUUGGCGGAUUUGUUAUGUUGCUUUGUUCAGAAAAACCAUGUUGUUAUGAAACGUAUUCAAAUCAUUUUCAUCAACAAUUACAAUUUAUUAUGAUACCUGGAGAAGACUUGCUAAAGAAUUUUAAGUCUUUUAAAAGUGUUGGCAUAAGUUUUAAGUACAUGUAUAUCCAUAUCUUUAUUCUGCGCUGAUUCAACGCUCAUCUCACUUGUUAUAAGUCUUCUAAAAACAAAAGGGCACAGGUUUUAAAGUUGACUUGUUUAUAUUUUUUCUAACCUUGUAAAAAUAUCGUGAUACAACGUUACUAUUUGAGUGCAAUGCAUAUGCAUUUGUGUUGUGUGUAUUUACUACGUCUGCAUGAAUUUGGAUGUUAACACAAUUUGUACCUGACUGAGAGGUCAGGUUUUGUUGUUGCUUUUUUGUAUAGUCCAUGAAGUCUGUUUUGUAGUUCUAAAUUGUGUUAAAUCAAACAUUGCGUUAAAAGUGACAUACAGCUGCCAUCAUAUUUGUCAUGACCAUUAUGAGAGUUAAUAUAUAUAUAAUAUACAUAUAUAUUAGAGUAGAUUUUAGACAACAUUAAAAGCUGAAAUAUGA